AUGGCUGAAGACCUCCACUCGGAUUUGGUAACCGAAUUUACGCGAUUUACUUGUUAUUUUGAUAAUCAAGAAGGAACGCUUGAUGUGGCCGGACAUGUUGUAGAGUUUAAAAGCAAAUAUAGUGAUAGGAAUUUUGACAUUCCAACCGAUAGGAUCCGUGUUUUUAAAAGUAAAAAAGAACCAAAACUUAAACUUGACAAACAACCAAAAGAAGAAGAAGGUAGAGCAACAGAAAAGAAUACUGAAAGCUUUUUACUCACUUUUGCCAAUCCUGAUGAUUGCGAAAAAUGUAAAGAAUUGAUCGCUAAAUAUAUGACUCUUGCCGAAAAGAGAAAAAAACAAACACAUGAAGGAAACAAACAACUCAAGUUGCUUGCAAGUGAUCCGUUCUUAAAGAAGGUUUAUGACGAAAUGGUAGGAGGAGGCAUUAUCAAAAAAGAAGAGUUUUGGGCCCAAAGAAAGUACCUAAUAUCUUCUUCUGCAUUGACGGCUGACUCUUCCAAAGGAGGUUCGGUCAUUAAAGAGCAGCGCGAAGGACUGAAAAAUUAUUUAUUUUGCUCUGAUGAUCAAAUCAAAUCAAGCGCAGUGAAUGACAGAGAGACAACAAUCAUCCUCUCUAAACGAACCAUUCAACAAAUAUUUACAGAACAUCCCGGUGUAUAUGAAUAUUACAAAAAAGUAGUGCCGAGCUCGAUGAAUGAAAAAGAGUUUUGGGCCAAGUUUAUGAAAUCUUACUUUUUCAGAACAUUGGAUCCAGUUCACACUGCCAUGGGAAAUACCACAUCUGCCUACUCACGAACAGAUGUUGACGACGCCUUGGACCACUAUGAAAGAAAAACGAAUAAGGAGUUUGAUGAGACUGCAAAAAAAGCAGUAGUCAACCCUCUUGUAAAUCUGGCCGCAGAAGAUCAAAGAGAAGGAUAUGGAUUAAGGCCAGAUGAACUAGUAUAUCCAUCCAAAUUAGCUGGCUUUCCCGAAUCUCUUAAAAAUUUGAACCGUAAAUCAGCAAGAAUUACUCAAUAUGCUUUUUCAACAAAAGCAGGAGACUCCUUAGAACUAUCAUCACAAACCAAACCAAACGAUAUUGCUGAGGAAGAAAAAAUUUUAAGGCGGGAGAGAGAGAGAAUGAAAGAAUUACUUGACUUUGAAGAUUUAAAGACAGAAGCUAGUGUCGAAUAUAUUCCCUUAAAAAUUCAAGAUAAGAAUCGGUAUUUUGAGGGACUUUUAAACGAAGCAGCGACCCCUCUUUCAGGAACUAUUUCAAAGAAAAUUACUGUAUAUCCUUUGAAGGACAUGAGGCUGGCUUUUAACGAAGAAAUUUCUCAUUUAAAAGAAAAACUUAAUCUUCAAAGUGUCAUUAUUGAUCCUAACUUGGCUGUGACAAUUUACAAAGAAAUAAGUAACCAAAUUAUUCAAUCAGGAGAUCGUGAAGAUAAGACUCUUGGAGGUAUUUUAAACAAAACUGAUGUAGAGUAUCAAUUCAGAGAGCUUUUUGAAAUAAUUCAUGAACUGCUUCGACACUUAUGGUCAAUGUUGUCUCUCACCAAGAGCGAUUGGAAACCAUUUCACACAGAAAGAUCUCAAAAAAUUGUACAGAAAUUAACAGAAAAACGUGACCAAAUGAAAAAGCUGGCUAACGUCCAAACCAAUCAAUGGAUAAAGUCUCUUACCGACUCAAUUAACAUCGCCUUGGAGCAUUUCGAAAACAGAAUGAAUCCAGGAAGAAAUCAACCACCUCAGCCAGGAACGCCACUUUCCUCUUCACAAAAUAUCACCAUUGCUGCAACUACCCCACAACAACAACAACCUCAACAACCAACUCAGCAAGGAACACCAUUGUCUGUCAAUCCUUUUUCACCAAGUUCAACUCAAACUCCAGCCAAGCCUGUUCUCUCAGUUAACUUGAGCAAAACGCCUUCUGCUGCUACAACCACACAGACACCCACACCAUCCUCUACUCCUGUUAGUGCCCCUGCGAAGAAGAUUGGUUUUAGCUUGCCUUCAUCAAAGGGAGCUUCAACAACAACACCCCCUUCAUCCUCCAGAAUCACUGGAUUCAAAGGGUUUGAAUUGAAAAAAACUUCUUCAAGUAGCGGUACUCAAUCGUCUCCACCAACCACAAAUACCAGUGAUGUGGAACCAGCACAAAAGAAAAUAAAGACAGAUUAA